AUGACUAAACGUAUUCGCCUCGGCAUCCUCACGCCUUCCUCAAACACCAGCCUCGAGCCCUUGUCGCAAGCGAUCAUCGCUCAACUCCCCAAUGUCUCCGUUCACUUUUCUCGGUUUACCGUUUUGAAGAUCAGUCUUGAGCAGGAUGCCCUCCAGCAAUUUCAAAACGAAACAAUUCUGACAGCGGCCAGGCUGCUAGCAGACGCCAAUGUCGACAUCAUUGGCUGGAGUGGCACUUCCUCCGGGUGGCUAGGCUUUACCGCCGACGAAGAGCUCUGCAGACUCAUUACCUCCGCGACGGGGAUCCCCGCUACCACGUCCGUGUUAGCCUUAAACAAAGCACUUAAGGUGCUCGCUGCUACCGAACUGGGGCUUGUGACACCAUACAUGGACAACGUGCAGGAGGCCAUUAUAAAGAUAUACCAGACAAUUGGUGUUGAUUGCAGCAAGGAAAGGCAUCUUCAAUUGUCGAAAAACACUUCAUUUGCCGACGUCGAUGAGCCUACGCUCGACGAAAUGGUCGCCGACCUGGCGGGCCGCCAGGUGCAGGUUAUCUCCACUUUCUGUACUAAUCUUCGAGCUGCUCAGAGGGUGGAGUACUGGGAGAAGACACAUGGCGUGACUGUGUUAGAUACGGUCAACACUGUCAUUUGGGAUAUGUUGUUAAUGUGUGAAGUUGAUCCGACUGCAGUCAAGGGAUGGGGUCGGUUGUUCGAAUUGAAAGUAUAA